UUUUUCAUUGCUUUGGGACUCAGUUUGUCCAAACGUCGAUCACUGGCGCAACAUUAGUUUUGAGUUGGCUACCAACGCGAGCGGGUCAUUCUCUUUACAAGCGACACAUCUAAUUUUAAGAAUACUCCGAACGAAUUAUAGUACUUUAAUAACGUCCUCCUACACACUUCUAAGAUUCAACCUAAAUUAAUACACUUAAGUACAUGAUUUUGCUAAUUGGAACAAAUCAAAAAUUUUAGAAACGAAAUAAAAUCAAUUAUUGUACAAAACCUCCGAAACGAAAUUUAACGGAUAAUAACUGAUAAAACAACAACAACCAACAUGAUGAUGGAGAAUGGGCUCUCCAUGGAGUAUGGAGAUGGUUACAUGGAACAAGAGGAAGAAUGGGAGCGCGAAGGACUUCUUGAUCCCGCGUGGGAAAAGCAACAGAAGAAGACAUUUACUGCCUGGUGUAAUAGUCAUCUGAGAAAAGCCGGAACAUCUAUCGAUAAUAUUGAGGAGGACUUUCGCAAUGGGCUGAAGUUAAUGUUGUUGCUUGAAGUGAUUUCGGGUGAGACCUUACCAAAACCCGAUCGUGGCAAGAUGCGCUUCCACAAGAUCGCUAAUGUAAACAAAGCGCUGGAUUUCAUUGCAUCGAAAGGUGUGCAUUUGGUAUCGAUUGGCGCUGAGGAAAUCGUAGAUGGCAAUCUAAAGAUGACGCUUGGCAUGAUUUGGACCAUCAUUUUGCGUUUUGCUAUUCAGGAUAUUUCCGUUGAAGAGAUGACCGCUAAAGAAGGCUUGUUGUUGUGGUGCCAACGCAAAACGGCUCCAUACAAGAAUGUCAAUGUUCAAAACUUCCAUCUUUCAUUCAAGGACGGUUUAGCUUUCUGCGCCUUGAUUCACCGACAUAGGCCCGACUUGAUUGAUUAUUCCAAACUCUCCAAAGACAAUCCAUUGGAAAAUCUCAACACUGCCUUUGAUGUUGCUGAGAAAUAUCUUGAUAUUCCAAGGAUGUUGGAUCCAGAUGAUUUGAUCAACACUCCAAAGCCGGAUGAACGCGCUAUUAUGACAUACGUGUCCUGUUACUAUCAUGCCUUCCAGGGAGCCCAACAGGUUGGAAAUGUGACGCAUGUACCCGAACCCACAAGACAAUACACCUACGUCCCGAAUUACAAUGCGGAGACAGCCGCUAACCGCAUUUGCAAAGUGCUUAAGGUGAACCAGGAAAAUGAGCGCCUUAUGGAGGAGUAUGAACGUCUUGCAAGCGAUCUUUUGGAAUGGAUACGCCGCACAAUGCCAUGGUUAAACUCCCGCCAGGCAGACAAUUCAUUGGCCGGUGUACAAAAGAAGUUGGAGGAAUACCGAACCUAUCGUCGAGGGCACAAGCCGCCACGUGUUGAGCAAAAAGCAAAACUCGAAACUAACUUCAAUACCUUGCAAACGAAACUCCGCUUAUCCAACCGUCCGGCAUAUCUGCCAACCGAGGGCAAGACUGUCGGUGACAUUUCAAAUGCUUGGAAAGGUUUGGAAUUAGCGGAGAAGGCAUUCGAAGAAUGGCUUCUAGCUGAAACGAUGCGCUUGGAACGCCUGGAACAUUUGGCGCAAAAAUUCAAGCACAAGGCUGAUGCUCAUGAGGAUUGGACACGCGGCAAGGAAGAGAUGUUGCAAUCUCAAGACUUCCGUCAAUGCAAAUUGAACGAAUUGAAAGCUCUCAAGAAGAAGCACGAAGCUUUUGAGUCUGAUUUAGCCGCUCACCAAGAUCGCGUCGAACAAAUCGCUGCAAUUGCUCAGGAGUUGAACACUCUCGAAUAUCACGAUUGCAUAUCGGUUAAUUCUCGCUGUCAACGUAUCUGUGAUCAAUGGGAUCGCUUGGGUGCGCUCACUCAGCGUCGUCGAACAGCCUUGGACGAGGCUGAACGUAUUUUAGAGAAAAUCGAUAUAUUGCAUCUGGAGUUCGCUAAGAGGGCUGCUCCAUUCAACAAUUGGUUGGAUGGCACUCGCGAAGAUUUAGUUGACAUGUUCAUUGUGCAUACAAUGGAGGAGAUACAAGGUCUCAUACAGGCUCAUGAUCAAUUUAAGGCCACAUUGGGUGAGGCUGAUAAGGAAUUCAACUUGAUUGUCAAUUUAGUACGUGAGGUAGAGUCGAUUGUUAAGCAACACCAAAUCCCUGGUGGUUUGGAAAAUCCAUACACAACACUCACUGCCAAUGAUAUGACGAGGAAAUGGAGUGACGUUCGUCAAUUGGUGCCACAACGUGAUCAAACGCUUGCAAAUGAGCUACGUAAACAACAAAAUAAUGAAAUGUUGCGCAGGCAGUUCGCUGAAAAGGCCAAUAUUGUGGGACCAUGGAUUGAGCGACAGAUGGAUGCUGUUACUGCCAUUGGAAUGGGUCUACAAGGUUCGCUUGAAGAUCAAUUACAUCGCCUCAAAGAGUACGAACAGGCGGUAUAUGCUUACAAGCCUAACAUUGAAGAAUUAGAGAAGAUUCACCAGGCCGUGCAAGAAUCUAUGAUUUUCGAAAAUCGUUACACAAAUUACACAAUGGAAACAUUACGCGUUGGCUGGGAACAACUGUUGACUUCCAUCAAUCGUAAUAUUAAUGAGGUUGAAAAUCAAAUUCUAACACGUGACUCUAAGGGAAUUAGCCAAGAACAAUUGAAUGAGUUCCGGUCCAGUUUCAAUCACUUCGAUAAGAAUCGUACGGGACGAUUAACUCCUGAAGAAUUUAAGUCGUGUCUUGUCUCUUUGGGUUAUUCAAUCGGAAAAGACAGACAAGGGGAGAUGGACUUCCAAAGAAUUUUAGCUGUUGUCGACCCCAACUCAACUGGUUAUGUGCAUUUCGAUGCCUUCCUUGAUUUCAUGACUCGCGAAAGCACCGAUACUGAUACCGCCGAACAAGUGAUUGAUUCGUUCAGAAUUCUCGCAGCCGAUAAGCCAUAUAUAUUGCCGGAUGAGCUCCGACGAGAACUUCCUCCAGAUCAAGCGGAAUACUGCAUCCAGAGAAUGCCACCAUACAAAGGUCCUAACGGAGUGCCUGGAGCUCUUGAUUACAUGUCCUUCAGCACCGCUCUCUAUGGCGAGACUGACUUGUAAAAGGAGCAUUGUAAACAAUAACGGAAACAUCGAAUAAAGUCAAUAAUUCACAAUAGGAAUACAUUGAAUUGAUAUAGAUACCAUUUGAAAAACUACGAUGCCAUGAAAACGAUGAAACUAGCAGAGGGUUCCUGCAGUGUUUUUCGAAUAUUUAAAUUCAUAAAAUUUCGAUACAUUUCUGGAGUAUAAAAAUUCUGACAUAAAUUCUUUAAACUAUCAUUACUAAUAACCAUCACAUCGGUUUUCAUAGAUCAAUUCAAUAAUGCAAACAUUUGUUGCGCAUAUCGGAGUACAUGUAAACAUAUCUGGGGUAAUAAGGGCACUAUGAUAACUCCGCAAAAUCAAACGCAUGUAUACGUACACUCGCCCAAAACUGCUUGCCAUUGUCAUCCUGUAUUUUGAGAUCUUGAAAUUUUUAAUCGCGAUUAUAUUCCCUGAAUAUAAUUUUUAGACCGAAUAAAAUAUGCGUAAAGCUUGGACUGUAAACAAAAGGUCAAUGCGAAUUAAGUAGACGAUUGGAAGAAAAAUAAAAUAAUGAAAGAAAAAUGAAUAAUAUUGUUAGUUCUAUAGGCCAGAAUACAAUUAUUCGGUUCACUAAUACAUAUCUGGGGCGAAUAAUAUUAUAUAUUUAUUUUUUUUUUUAACUUUUGUUAUAUUAAUUUAAUAUUUAUUUUGAGAUUAUUUAUAAUGAUUUCAUAACUCUUUAUUUAAUUUCUAAAUACGUUUUAUAUAAUUAUUAUAUAAACUUAGUGUAUGUUACAAUGAUUGAAAAAGAGAAGAGAGGACAUUAUAUAAUAAUUUGUAAGGAUUCUAGAAUGUUCAGAUGAUAUCUAAAUGAAGUACACUUAUAACAUCUAUUAAAGUCAAGAAAAAUAUACUUUUGUAUAUUAAAACAAUCCCAACAGCUAUACAUACAUUUCGGAGCUUAAAAUAAUCACAUUUAAGAGACAAACAAUUGAGAAUUCCGUUCA